CCACAUCUGUGCAGAAAAGGCCCUGCGGCCCAGGGGCGCCCGCAGUGUCACUAGGUCGGUUGGGGGCCCUGGGUACGCUGUAGACCGUAGACCGCGACAGGCCAGAACACGGGCGGCGGCUUCGGGCCGGGAGACCCGCGCAGCCCUCGGGGCAUCUCAGUGCCUCGCUCCCCACCCCCUCCCCCGGGUCGGGGGAGGCGGCGCGUCCGGCGGAGAGUUGAGGGGAGCGGGGCCGGCCUGGAGCGCCAUGAGCAGCCCGGAUGCGGGAUACGCCAGUGACGACCAGAGCCAGACCCGGAGCGCGCUGCCCGCGGUGAUGGCCGGGCUGGGCCCCUGCCCCUGGGCCGAGUCGCUGAGCCCCAUCGGGGACAUGAAGGUGAAGGGCGAGGCGCCGGCGAGCAGCGGAGCGCCGGCCGGGACCGCGGGCAGAGCCAAGGGCGAGUCCCGUAUCCGGCGGCCGAUGAACGCCUUCAUGGUGUGGGCUAAGGACGAGCGCAAGCGGCUGGCGCAGCAGAAUCCAGACCUGCACAACGCGGAGCUGAGCAAGAUGCUGGGCAAGUCGUGGAAGGCGCUGACGCUGGCGGAGAAGCGGCCUUUCGUGGAGGAGGCCGAGCGGCUGCGCGUGCAGCACAUGCAGGACCACCCCAACUACAAGUACCGGCCGCGGCGGCGCAAGCAGGUGAAGCGGCUGAAGCGGGUGGAGGGCGGCUUCCUACACGGCCUGGCCGAGCCGCAGGCGGCGGCGCUGGGCCCCGAGGGCGGCCGAGUGGCCAUGGACGGCCUGGGCCUCCCGUUCCCCGAGCAGGGCUUCCCUGCCGGUCCGCCGCUGCUGCCUCCGCACAUGGGCGGCCACUACCGCGACUGCCAGAGUCUGGGCGCGCCUCCGCUCGACGGCUAUCAGUUGCCCACGCCCGACACGUCCCCGCUGGACGGCGUGGACCCCGACUCGGCUUUCUUCGCCGCCCCGAUGCCCGGGGACUGCCCGGCGGCCGGCACCUACAGCUACUCGCAGGUCUCGGACUACGCUGGCCCCCCGGAGCCUCCCGCCGGCCCCAUACACCCCAGACUCGGCCCAGAGCCCGCGGGUCCAUCGAUGCCGGGCCUCCUGGCGCCACCCAGCGCCCUGCACAUGUACUACGGCGCGAUGGGCUCGCACGGGGCGGGCGGCGGGCGCGGCUUCCAAAUGCAGCCGCAACACCAACACCAGCACCAGCACCAGCACCAGCCCCCGGGUCCCGGACAGCCGUCGCCCCCUCCGGAGGCACUGCCCUGCCGGGACGGCACGGACCCCAACCAGCCCGCCGAGCUUCUCGGAGAGGUGGACCGCACGGAAUUUGAACAGUAUCUGCACUUCGUGUGCAAGCCUGAGAUGGGCCUCCCCUACCAGGGGCAUGACUCCAGUGUGAAUCUCCCCGACAGCCACGGGGCCAUUUCCUCCGUGGUGUCCGACGCCAGCUCCGCGGUAUAUUACUGCAACUAUCCUGACGUGUGACAGGUCCCCGAUCCGCCCCAGCCUGCAGGCCAGAAGCAGUGUUACACACUUCCUGGAGGAGCGAAGGAAAUCCUCAGACUCCUGGGUUAUUGUUGUUGCUGUUGUUGUUGUUUUUUAAAAGGUGUCUUGGCAUAUAAUUUAUGGUAAUUUAUUUUGUCUGCCACUUGAACAGUUUGGGGAGGGGUGAGGUUUCAUUUAAAAUUUGUUCAGAGAUUUGUUUCCCGUAGUUGCAUUGUCAAAAACCCUAUUUCCAAGUUCAAGUUAACUAGCUUUGAAUGUGUCCCAAAACAGCUUCCUCCAUUUCCUGAAAGUUUAUUGAUCAAAGAAAUGUUGUCCCGGGUGUGUUUUUUCUAUCUUCUAAAAAAUAAAAUCUGGAAUCCUGUUUUUUCGUUCUACUAGUACCUCUGUCACACUAGUUUUAUCAAAACCCAAUUUUUAAGAUCAAUGUUAAGUCUAUUAGUGAAUGUAAAUUUCUCAUCCUCUUGAAAAGGGUGAACAUAAUUUAAGGACUAUAUCUAAAAAUAAACAUUAGGAUAUCUAAGUUUGAUGUAAUUGUUUCGGGAAGGAAGAAAGAAAAGCAUUCUGGAAUGAGCCUACUUCAUUUCAAGUAAUCUUAGUUUUUAAAACGAACGGUUAAUUAAUAUUUUCAAUUCCAGUAUAUCACUUUAAGUAGAAGGGGAUGUCCAAGUAAUUUUGGUUUUCUAACUGUUGAAUCAUAAGCUUGACCGGCCCACAGAGGCUUUUCGGAUGUUUUUAUCUGUGUUCUGCCAUCUCUUUACACUACACUCCUCCGACAUUCAGUUUACCUAAAUCUUCACAUUUUUACACCUUGGGAAGUGGCGUUGCUGGGUUUAAAAUAAAGGAGUCACAGAAACUAAUCAAAAUAAAAUGUGCAUUAUGACAACUUUU